AUGUUACCACCGGAGGCAGUAGCUGUUGCGGCGGGAAUAUUGGCUCACCAGCUCAUCUUCAUACAUGGCGAGUGGCAUCUGAAAGGACCAAGAGUAGUCGUCCUUCAUAUCGCCAUCGCAACUAGCCUAUACUCCGCAAGUCUAUUCCUUUGUCCUGACAGUCGCAAGAACAACGUCAAUCGAGUCACAUACUCAGUAAUUUGCUACUAUCUGUCCCUGCCAAGCAGUAUAGGAGUCUACAGAAUAUUCUUUCACCGAUUGAAACAGUUUCCCGGACCAAAACUGGCAGCAUUGACCAAACUCUGGCACGUCUGGAAAUGCCGCGACUCGCGUGGCCAUCUUGUCCUUCAGUCGUGGUAUGAACAGUAUGGAGAGUUCGUUCGAACAGGUCCCGGCGAAAUAACCAUCUUCCACUCUGAAGCCUACGAGGCAAUGGAUGGUGUCCAAAAUCGCAACACCCGAUCCGACUGGUAUGAUCUUCUGCACCCGCGAAUGUCAUCGAUCUUUACCCGCGACAAGAACCUGCAUAAUGAACGGCGGAAGAUGUGGGAGCAGCCUUUGAGCACCAAGUCCCUACAACAAUACCACCGCCGAGUCAUUGAGAAAGUCCACACACUAGAGAAUUUCAUCUCUGCAGAGGACUCAAAGCCAGUCCUAGUAAACGACCUGAUGUACUUCUUCGCAUUCGACUCAAUGGGCGACUUUGCCUUCAGUGAGGACUUCGGUAUGAUGCGGACUAAGCAGUGGCAUACGUCUAUUGCGAUGCUACGAUCAGCUCUUACAUUACUGGGACCCUUCAGUCCGGCUAUUUGGAUUCCGAGGCUUGCGUUUGCUUUUAUACCUGGGGUUUGGAAGGUCAGGCAUUGGUUUCACAUGCUUGAAUUAUGUGAUGAGUGUAUGGCAAGGCGGAUGAAGGAAGUCCUCUCUGAUCGGGAUAUUGCAUCUUGGUUUAUUGAAGACCAUGAAAAGCAUGAAUCAGACCCGACCUGGGCACGAUGGCUAAGUGGUGACACUGCUACACUCGUUGUAGCUGGCAGGUGUGUACCCCUCCAUCCCUUAAAGAAAGACUCUUCUGAUUCAAGAUCAAGUGACACAACAGCCCCCAGCCUAACACACCUAUUCUACUUUCUCGCCCGAUACCCUAACCACGCCCAGAAAAUCCACAAAGAACUACAAGAAAUCAACAUAGAAGAAAUAGCCCUUCUAUCGACCCUCCCCCAUCUAAACGGAACAAUAAACGAAGCAAUGCGUCUCCUGCCAGCCGUGCUAACAUUUAGUUCGAGAGUAACACCACCAGAAGGCUUGAUGAUUGAUGGGAUGUUCAUACCAGCAAACACGAAGAUUUGCGCACCUCGGUAUACAAUUGGUCGACGUACACAUCCCAUCCCAUUUCCAUCCCAUUGUACAAAAGCACAAGCUGACAAAACCCAGGCGUACGAGCUGUGUUGGGCGUCAUUUGGCACUCGCACAGAUCCGUCUUGUCUCUGCUUCUUUGGUAUCGAGGUAUCGGGUGAAAUUUGCGCCCGGAGAAGGGGCUGGGAGGCUGUUGAGAGGAAUAUGAGGGAUCAGCUUACUGCGCAACCAGGGGCUUGUUGGGUUGUUUUUGAGAGAAGGUGA